UCUUGCACGGAAUCGAAAAGGUCAGAGGUGAAUGAAAGGUGGUGCUUUGGUCAGUCAUGGUGUCUCUGAGCUGGCGGUCGUGUGGACGGUUGUAUCGGAGUGUUUCUCCGCUGUGUAGCGGGAUGAUGAGGAUCACCGGCCCGCGGUGUGUGUUGAGUCCCGGGCGGCGGAUCCACAGAGCACCGAUCCGCUGGCAGACGGAGAAAGGGGUGUGGGGAAAAACACAACAACAACAGCUGACCGAACUGGACAAGGCGGACGCGCUGAUGCUGAGGAAGUCGCAUGAAACAGGAUUUCUGUCAUGGUUCCGAAAUGGUUUGCUUGCUACUGGGAUCGGAGUUAUUGCCUUUGUACAGAGUGACGUUGGAAGAGAAGCAGGAUAUGCUUUUUUCAUCCUGGGUGGAGUGUGUGUGUCAUUCGGUGGAGGAUCCUACGUAGCCAGUUUGCUGUCUCUGAGGAGAAUCAUGCUGCUCUCUCUGCCUUCUCUGCUGCUUCACACAACCGUGGUGUCCAGUGUUGCCCUCUUCUGGCUGUGUGCCGUCUCUCUCUACAUCGGCCGCCUCGAGGUAGAGAUCAUCCACGAAGAGGAUGAGGACGAGGAAGGUGGUAACGACGGAGGCGAGUGUUCAGAAUGUAAGGCUCGGCGAGACCGGCGCCACGAGAGAGGCCAGGAGAAGUAAUAAAGAGACUCCAACUCUCUGGAGUUCUGCGCUAGGAUCGGAGUUCUGAUCCUCUCAGUAAAUAUUGAAAGACAAAACAUACCUUUAGUGGCAACAGAGUCUAUUUUCAUGUUGGAGAGUAUGCAGAGGUUUAGUGGUUAUACUAUAAACUGGUCUUUGUCCUGGUGUGAGUUUACGAGGAUCGAGGGUCAUGAGUAUUAUUUGCAAUAUAGAUAAAUUAGUGUGGGUGUGUAUACAUAUUCUAAGGUGUUUUAUAUCUAUGUGAAGCACUUAUAACUUAAAGGAAUAAUCUAUCAUUUCAUUGUGGUUCCAGCUUUUAAGGCAGUUGCGUAGUUCUUUGUUGCUGAACUGAAGCCCUCUAGGCUUUCAGCACGUUUUGGAUGAGAGGUGAUCUACCUUAAAGGUGCCGUUUGUCAUUUUUAGAGACCUCUACUGUCUGCUUUGGAUAUAGCAGCUGUGGUGAAAACACUCACAAGACUUCCCACUUCACCAUGCCUGAUCUGUUGCCUUUUAAGGAAAAAGUGCAGCGGAGUGGUGAUAGCACCUCUGUUAAUAUCCAGGCUGGAAAAAAACGUACACCGAAGCCUGAAGUGAAGAAACUAUUCGGAUAUGUUGCAUGCUAACGUAGAGAAACACUUAAAAUUACAGACAGCGCCUUUAAAACAACUUGAGAUUCAAGACAUCGGCAUGUCUUCCACGAGUUAAGUUUUGAAGCGGGUUUUAAAAGCUGUGUCUUUUGCUUUAGUGCUGUAUAUAUUGUAGGUAUUUGUUGCAAUAGAAUAAAUGAUAAAAGUACACAAAAAAUGUUUCUUCAAAUCAGAAAACAGUGUAUUACAAGGGUAAUAUCAAUAUUUACACUUAAAAAAAAAAAAAAAAGCACUGGUUAUUAUUUGCUUUGUUAUACACUGUUAUUGGGGGGAAAAAAAAAGGUUAAAUCUGGAAGUCCUGAAGGGUUUUCGUCUCAUCCGUCUGUGCAGACGCUCUCAUCUUUCCUACAGAAGCCUACAACAGAGUGUUUCCCUUUCAGAGAGACUUCUAUGUAGAACAUGUAGCUGUCAGAAAAACCUUUAGGGACUAUUUUUUUCUAAGAGUGUAGUUGCAAAGUGGUUCUAAUAGCUGCUUGCUUUAGUCUGUAGACUUUCUGUUGUUGCCCUUAUGGGCUUUGACUUAUGACUUUGAAAUAAAACAAUUUCCCUUCCAUAGUAUCCAGCUAUAUUUCCAGCUAUAUUCUGGGAAACACUCAAAAACGAUUUAAGAAAAAUUGGCUUGCGACCAAAAUGGUGGUGUUUGCUAGUAAUAUCUCAAAUUUAAGAAAACAGUUAAACCAGAAAUGAUCUUGAAAUGUUUUUAAGCCUCCUUCAUAACCUUGCCUAGGCUUUUUUUUUUGUCUGCAAAGAUCAUGUCAGGUGAAGACCCAAGUUGAACAAGCUGGUGGUAAAUGCAGUCAGCCUGCGUAAAGAUUAAAUAAAGUCUAAAAUAACAUAAUCAAGUUGUUGUUUAGCUACAUGUCAUAGUGAGAUGGACAAGAGUCUAAUCUUAGUCUUUUACUGUAAUCCGAUACCAGCUGUUCAUGAUGCCUCUGUGCUCUCACUGCCUCCAAAGCGAAGAGAACAUUUUCACAUUUACACAGUAAGAGGAAAGCGAAUCUACAGAACAGCACUGACUGGAUUAAUCUGUGAUCAUUUCCCCGCUGAUGUGUGCAUGAUCAGAGAUCAGUCGGGUGAAGUGAUGAUGAUGAUGAUGAUGAUAUGUACAAAAGCUGCAAUCGAGUGAUUUUUACCUCAGGUGAUGAGACGGAGGCCGAUGCCGAUAAUCAAAGCGAGAACUCGUUCCUUAUUUGAGACAUAUAAUUAAUUAGAAUGUGGAAGUAAUGUUGUUUCCAUCAGCAGAUGAGGUUAAUGGGUAUUGAAUCUUUCAAUGUGAUUUUCUCCCUUUUCAGGAAAAACAAAGUGUUUAUAAGGGGAUAUACAAGUUAACACAGUUUUAAGCAUAUGUACAUACAGAUUUAUUGUGCUUUCCUUCCUGUUUUGACCUGUUCACUGUACACGUAUCUCUUCUAAUGUCAUUAAAACACACAACACGGAUAGAAAGAAUGAAAACAA